AUGAAUAUUGAACGCCCGGCCCAGGCAAGACAGGAGCCUCCGGCCCCGACGCAACCCGAAGCCACGCCCACUGCCGCCCCUGCCCAAUGGGAGCUCGAGGGAGGAGUUCGGGGCCGGUCGCUCAGAGCGAGUCGCUCGGCAGCGCUCCGCUUCGAGACGCGCGUUACCGUAAGUAGGGUAAGGGACGAGCAGCCGUUUCUGGGUCGCUGGCGCGCCUGGCUGGGCAGCAACAGGCGGGAGAGAUCGUCAUGGCAGCGUCGACGGUGCGGGCUGACCCUUGGCUAGGGGCUGCUCUCCCUCCGGGGAAGAUGCCAGCUUCCAGCGCGCUUCGUAACCGAGUUGACUUUUCCUCUCAUCUAGAGCUCCCUUGCUUAGACUGAGUCAGACCGUUUGUCUGCAUUGUCUGCUCUGGGGUUGAGCUGGGGACCUCCCCUAUGCCUGCCCUGUGCUCUUUGCAAAGUGGCCCAAGGAGGACUCUGGGUGUGCAGGAGCUAAAGGCCGGGCCCGCGCGAAGAAUUUACACUGUACUCAGUACAAUGUUAUAUAUGCCUACCCAGAAGUAAGCCUUCGUGUUUAACGGGGCUUACUCCCAGGAAAGUGGGUACAGAAUGGCAGCCUAAGCUUUGGUUUAUAGUUGGCAUUGGGACAGGGGAACACGUCUUGUGUGCCUUAAGCAGUUGCAUGGCAAGCAGGAAUUCAACAGGUUAAGCCUUUCCUACUAUGGAAAUAUAGUUAUGGCAAAAGCUUCACCGUGACUUUCUCCCAUGCCCUCCAUGGAAGCCCUCACCUCCAUGGCAGCCAUUUUGUGAUUUGUGCCCACAGCACUCUCAGAAUUCAAAAUGGUCCCAAAAAAGCAACCCUUGGCACAAGGGAUGGAUCCCAUCAAAUAUCCCGUGGAAACACAAUCAGCUAUGAAGCAGCCCAGUCAUAGCUGCAGUGUUGAUUGCACAGCAAUUUUGCUGAUUUUUGAGAUUUUCCUGAGUUUUGCAAACAGCUGUUUGAGGCACACUCUUCCCAUUGUUGUCAUCCAGAGGCAGACAGUUCCUUCUUUGGGGAACCAAGAAGCCCAGCAAUGGAUGUAGAAGAUUGGCCCAUUGAGACACAUGGUUUUUUUUAUAGGGCAGUCUCUGGGACAGUUUCAUGCUUGAAAUAGCCAAUGUUGCUAUUGAGCGAUAAGUCUGAUUGUAUGAAACAGAUCACAGAUGUUUAUCUCUGGUUCCUCCAUAGCCAGAACUGGUACACCCAUGAGGCAAGGCGAGGCAGCCGACUCAGGCGGUGGAAGUUCAAGAGACAGAGCCCUGCCUGCCUCAUUGCUUCUGCCGCUGGUGGAAUGCCUCCCUUUUGUUGCAUUCAGAGAGAGGGUGCAUGGUGUUACCGCCCUUCUUCCAUACCCUGUGGAAUGCCCCUCUCUUGCUGGGUUUUGACCAGUGGGGGACAUUCCACCAGUGGCAGAAGUGUGGGGGGGGGCAUAUUCUCAUUUUACCUCAGGUGGCAAAACAGGAUGAGCUGCCCAUGGUCAGUGUAAUGCAUGCCCCAGCUCUCUCCUAAGAAAUCAAUCUUCCAGAAUAUUUAGUAUAUUGGUGACACAGAAAGGAGAAAGUCUUCAAUUGAAUUACACCAUUUCCUGAGGCGUAAUAUCUCCCAUCAAUUUCCUCAUAUCUCAAAGAAAAUUCUAUUAACUGCUGAAUUCACAAAAUAUUCUUGACUAUCAUUAUUUAAAAAGAUGACUCUCAGAAGUCAGAUAACUUAAUUAAAGAGAGCCAAUUUUCAAUAAAGAGCCAGCUUAUGAUACUGCUGUGCGGAAAUGGCCUUUUGAAAUUAUCUACCCUGUUUGCGGUCAGAGAAACUGGGAGGACCAUUUCACUGCAUUUCUCCAGGGUAAGGAGGAGGAAUGGUCCCAGGGUUGUUUUCAGUGUUAAGGUUCACCAUUAGCAGAAAUGCAGCUUCUUUCUCUUUUCUUUAGUGGGGAGACCUGCCUCUUCAAGUGGCAACAGCAGCAAAUGCACUGGCAGCCUGAGCACUAUUUUUGUGUCUUCCAUAAUGCCCGAGACCUAGCAUCAUUCUGGGAGAUUGGGGUUGUGGGGUUGGAAUGGCAGCUGCCACAAAAGAAAUGUUGGAAAAAUUCUACAAGGUGGCCUUUUUCUGCAGAGGGGGUUAAGAAAGAAAAAUCUCAGCUGUUUUCUCAGAAAAAUGUUUUCUGAGAAAUUCAGGUAUGGUCAUGAAAACACAUGUGAUUUCUUUGGCAAGCCUGGUCUUCUGACCUAGUCUUCUCCCUGAUGUUAGUAGUCAUCCGGGUAUGCUUAGUGAGAAGAGAUAGAGAAGAUAUUGAUUUAGGAAACCCACAUUUUGUAAGUUGAAAGCAAGCAAGGAAAUUUGUCUGUUGAUUCCCUUCAUGCUGCCAGUUACUCUGUCAAUGCAGGUGGGCCUGUUUCCUGUAGUCCAUCUAAUCACUCUGUAAUUAAAGAUUCAAGUGCCAUUUUAGACUUUCAGGAAGAUUACAGGGCUUCAUAUAAAUGGGAUUAUAGAUCCUUGGCCAAUCUCAUCCUCUUUCAGAUAGACAUCUAGAAAACCUCUUAGAAUAAUCUUUUGGGAAAAGCUCAGCUAUCUGUAACACAGUAAAGUAGCCUUGCCUGCUGUAAGGGCUUUCAUUUCAUUGCAAAGGAGUCAAACAGUGUACAGCAUGGACUGCAGUCUUGUAGUUAGCCCAUGUGUGACGAAGGCAGAGGCACUGGGCAAGUCUGUACGUCAGUAGCAGAGCACAUACUUUGAAAGCAGAAGGUUCCAGCUUUGAGCCGCAACAUCUUCAAGGAGGGCUAAGGGGAAAAAAACCUGUCUGAAAUCCUAUAAAGAUCUUGCCAGUCAGUAGACCACAGGAGGGGAACAAUUUCUAGGCUGGGGGCCUCAUGCCAGGGUGUUAUCCUCAGUCAUUCCACACACAAGAAGACUGCAUGCUUAUUAUUGUCUUCCAAAUGCCAGUUAGAAAAAAAAUCCCUUAGUUGGAGCCGGAUUCAACUGCUUUCUAUUUCCUGCUUCCUUGUUCAUUCUGUACAUUUGCCAGUUAUAAAAAACACCUGUUACCAUACCCAGGAAGUCCCAAGAGAACCAAAAGAGCAGUGAAAUGAGGCAUCGCACGAAAGCUUAUGCCAUAAUAAAUUAGUUAGUCUUUAAGGUGACACAUGCCUGCUAUCACUGGUAGAGGAACUCUUAAAAGCUAGGGAGAUCACUUAGUUAUUUUUUCAUUGCAAAAUAUAAAUACAGUGUUACCUCUGGUUAGGAACUUAAUUCGUUCUGGAGGUCUGUUCUUAACCUGAAACUGUUCUUAACCUGAGGUACCACUUUAGCUAAUGGAGCCUCCCGCUGCUGCCGCGCUGCCAGAGCACAAUUACUGUUCUCAUCCUGAAGCAAAGUUCUUAACCCAAGGUACUAUUUAUGGGUUAGCGGAGUUUGUAACCUGAAGCAUCUGUAACCUAAAGCAUCUGUAACCCGAGGUACCCCUGUUUCAGUUUGCAUUUUUAAUCUGAACUAAUGAUUGGAUUGUGGUUCAAGUGCAGAGAGCAUUCUGUGUGGACUGUGUGUUUGCAGCAGAGGCGUGCAUGUGCAAGGGAGAACAUGUAAAUCCUUUUUUGUUUCUCCGCUGCUCAGGCCUCUAAGCUAGCUUGCGGGGAACAAGAGAGCGAGGAAAGAAAAAUAUAAAUUACAGCUCUGUCUGUAGAUGCGUCCCAUCAAUGCUGUGGCUUAAUGAGCAACCUCAGGCUAUGCCGGAAACAAAAGGGAAAUCACAAGCCGGGAGUCUAUGUAAAGUUUCUAUCUGUUUUGGUCUUUGAUAUCACUCCAGAUCAGAGUAGCAGAGACCAGCAGACGAAUCCUUUCCACCAGCUAGAUGGGCAUCUCCUCCCUACUAUAUUCUGUAUAUGUGCUCAGCCCAUGAUGGGAGGAGGAAAGUACAAAAAUUAUGGAUUGAAGAUGACAGAUACACCCCCAGCAUGUCUUGAAACCCUACCAGUAGGCACCAAUCACCUACUCUACUGGCAACAAUGCCUACAAUGUUAGCUCACACAUGGAAAGUGUCAAUGAACUUGGGUCAACAUGGAUACAUCCCUGCAUCAACACACAUGCAAAAUGACACCUCAGCAUCUUCAGUCACUCAAGCAUCCCUGCAGGCAGGGGAUUUAAUUCCCUCACAAGUACAGUUUUAGAUUUCAACACACAAAGGGGAAGAAGGAAUGGUUCUCUGGACCGGAUGCCUGCAGAGGUAAACACAGCUGUCCUGGGACAAGGGAUCAAGACAAGGGUUUCUCACCCAGCGAGGGGAACACUCAUAUGAAUAGCAGCUAAAGGGGAGGGGUCAGGAUCAAUGAUAUUGACAGCAGCAUCCAGUGGCUCUCUCCACAAGGAUGUGAAACAGGCAAUGGGAGUUUGAGCCUUACUAUGGAUGAAUGCCCUCACUUACCUUUGCAUGCCUGGGGGAAAAUGAAUAAUGCCAUUGGCAAGGAGAGGGUUUUUGUCCACAGUGCAAACUCAACAGCACAGCUCCCUAACUAACCACUCAGCCACAGUGGCAGACAAGAUGGGGCAUAUUUCUUUCUUUCCGUCCUAAACCACAAUACCCCUUUGUUACCAGGAGACCCAGCCUUGCAUCUUCCAUUUUGGGUAUCUCCCCCUCACCUUGACUCCAAAGUCUCCAUCGCACCAGGAUGGUAGAACAAGCUGAGAUUUCGGCACCCGUGACAAGCCGUUCAUCAGACAGACUCAACGAGAAGACCGCACCCUAAAGGAAAGAUAUCUGAAUUAUCAUUUUCUUGUUUUAAAUGUAAAACUCAGCAUGACUUGCUUCAUAUUUUCUGUUGGCUACCCCUUCAAAUUGUGAGCUUUUCCUUUCGCAGCUGUGUUCACAAGACAUCUACUCCCCCACCAUCCCAUAAAAAAUUUACAGUCUUCAGAAACUAAUCCUAUACAUGUCCAAAGUCCCAAGUGAAUUCGAUGGAACUCACUCUCUGCUAAGUGUGUAUCGGAGUGCAGUCUAUAUGUAUUUGUAUUUAGUGUGUGCCUUUUUUAAAAGAACUAAAAAAAAAAUCAUAAAGUAAUUUUUAACUUUUCUGUGGUCCUUAGGAAGAAAAUAUACUUUUGAGCCCAGGAUUUUCCGUGCUUGCUUUGGGCCAGGGAACUGAACUGUAACAAAAAUGGAGAAAAGACCCAGAAAGCUUGUGUAAAUUGGAACCAAACCAGAGGCAUAAUUUCUUGCACAUAUUGGGUCCAAGUUGGAACUCAGCAACAGAAGGUAUUUUCAGGUUUCCAGUUAAAUUAAUGGUCUGGCUUUUUGAAAAAUGUUAAUAUAGUUUGAUUUUUUUUAAAUUGCUAUGAUGUUUUAAUUCCAAAAGGAUGCUACAAAGAAACAUACCAGCAUGUUACUAACUACAAUCAAAAGCUCCGCCUGCCCCGACCUCUGAAAACAACACUCUAG